UUCCCUGAAAAAGUAAAACAAUUCGUAAAUAAUCAUUAUUUGAUCGAAUAAACUCUGGAAAAUAUUGAAAAUUAAAUAUAGACAAUUAGUUUUUUUGAGGAUUUUAGACAUCUGUUCGCUCUCGUUCCACAAAGAUCUUUUAUUGCGCCCAUUAGAAAUGCAAAUGACGGAAUUACACAUUUUCUCGAAACAAUCAUCUUAGUCCAGACAAUCCAGAAACCUCCUUCACAGUUCUUCCAAAAGUCAUUCAAAGGAAGUAAUCAUUUUGUUGCCUUCGAGGAAGAUGCCUUCGGCUCCCCAACGAAAAGGUCGCUUUGAGAUAUACCUCGUCAAAGGCAUCGUCAUCUCCCCAGAAAAUUGAUAUCUUUUUGGCAUAAAGAACACGAUAAUUUCUUGGCAAAAUGGUACUGUCGUGUCGAUUUUAUAAGGAAAAAUAUCCUGAGGUCGAGGAUGUUGUUAUGGUUAAUGUGCGCAGCAUCGCCGAGAUGGGAGCUUAUGUGCAUUUGUUGGAAUAUAAUAACAUUGAGGGGAUGAUUCUCCUUUCUGAGUUGUCCAGGAGGCGUAUUAGAUCCAUUAACAAGCUCAUUAGGGUGGGAAAAACCGAACCGGUUGUUGUUAUUCGAGUUGAUAAGGAGAAAGGUUACAUUGACUUGAGUAAACGUCGAGUGUCCCCAGAAGACGUUGAGAAAUGUACAGAGAGAUACGCAAAAGCUAAGGCAGUGAAUUCAAUACUGAGACACGUUGCUGAACUAUUGCACUAUGAUAGCGACGACCAACUGGAAGAGUUGUAUCAGAAGACAGCGUGGCACUUCGAGGAAAAGUACAAGAAGCAGAAAGCAUCAGCUUAUGAUUUUUUCAAACAAUCAGUAUUGGAUCCAUCAAUUUUGGCUGAAUGUGGUCUUGACGAUCAUACCAAGGAAGUAUUGCUGAGCAAUAUCAAGAGGAAACUGACCUCUCAAGCUGUCAAGAUUCGCGCUGAUGUCGAAGUUGCAUGCUAUGGGUACGAGGGCAUCGAUGCUGUCAAAGCAGCACUCAAAGCUGGACUCGCCCUUUCCACCGAGGAGCUUCCCAUAAAAAUUAAUCUGAUUGCACCCCCUCUCUACGUCAUGACAACAUCAACACCAGAAAAAACAGACGGUUUGAAGGCGCUGAACGACGCUAUUGUCGCGAUAAAAGCGAAAAUAGUUGAAUUAGGUGGUGUGUUCGAUAUUCAAAUGGCUCCUAAAGUUGUCACAGCAACAGACGAAGCCGAGCUGGCGAGGCAAAUGGAGCGUGCUGAGAUGGAAAAUGCUGAAGUGGCCGGUGACGAUGAUGAAGAGGAAGUCGAGGGCAUGGGAGACUUCAGCGGAGGUGAGGGUGAGGACGAGGAGAACAAGGGCCAGGAAUCUCAAGGGGAAGAUUGAGGCCCAGUUGAGCAUCUUUUUUUACUGUGAAGUAAACGUCUAUACAGAUGAAUUGUCCGGAAGUACAUUUCUACCUGUAUAAAUUGUGGAAAAAAUUUCAUCGACAUUAUUAUACGAAAAUUUUACAAAUAAACUGUAUAAUAAUUCAUAA